AUGGAUUGCACAUAUAAAACCAAUAGAUAUCGUCUUCCUCUUCUUGAAAUUGUGGGAGUGACAUCAACUGAAAUGACAUUCUCUGUAGCUUUCGCAUACUUACAGUAUGAGAGGAUCGAUAACUAUGCGUGGGUGUUAGCUACAUUGCGUGAUGUCAUGGAUGGUUUUGUCGUGCCAACAAUUAUUGUUACUGACAGAGAGCUAGCCUUGAUGAAUGCCAUACAGAAGAUUUUCCCGAGUGGCAGACAUUUAUUAUGUCGUUGGCAUAUCAGUAAGAAUGUAUUGACCAAAUGCAAGAAAAUGUUUGAGACACAGCAGAAAUGGGAGAAGUUCAACCAUGAGUGGAACUCUUUAGUGUAUUCAUCUUCUGAAAUUCAAUACGAUGAGCAUCUUAAAUUAUUAAUUAAGGAAUUCAGUAGUUAUCCUAUGCAGUCAAGUACGUCAUGGAUACUUGGUUGGUUUCUUACAAGGACAAAUUUGUGGCGGCAUGGACAGACACGUGUAUGCAUUGUGGCAAUGUUACAACGAACCGGUAAGAUUACUUUUCUUCAAUAUGUUAUUAAUAAGUGUCGUGUACUUGAUUUUAAUUUGACUUACAUUGAAUUGAACAGGGCUGAGAGUGCACAUGCAAAACUUAAAAGACAAUUGGGUUCAUGUCAAUUCAGGGAACUACGGGGUAAUGUGUCUAUCUCUGCAUUGGAGUAUUUGCUUGUAGAGAGUAAGAGAGCCAAUUCCAUUGGUAUUGAUGUUGAAGCUUGUGGAUGCGUCCUUCGCCACACUCAUGGUUUACCUUGUGCCCAUGAGAUUGCUGACUACAUCAGACAAGAUCGUCCUAUACCACUUGCUACCAUACACUCACAGUGGAGGCAACUUCAUAUCUCCAUAUGCAACAAAGAAGACGAAACAGAGGUGACUUGUCAUGCAAAAGUAGAGUUGUUUGUGAACAAGUUUAAUGAAAGUGAUAGAACCAUGCGGUUGGAGCUUUUGAAGAAGUUGAAAGAGAUUGUAUAUCCGGGAAGCACUUUUCUUGUUGAGCCGGAGGUGAAGCCCAAAACACGUCCUCGGGAUCAUAAGAAGAUCAAUGUUUCUACCUGUCGUGACCCGUGUGUAUUUGAGUUGGUGCAAUCUGGACAUGAUUCCUUCUCACCUAGGGACACUCAAAUCACUACAUUAGCUUCUACUCUGCAAACCAAGAAGAAGCAACCUGUUAAGGGAAAGGGGAAGGUGAAUCCGAAAGGGAAGGUAUACAUUACUAGAAUAGUGAAACCUAGUGCAUAUGUUGAUGCUUUCCCUUCUGGGUUGAAACCAUACAUUAAGUUUGUCAAGGAUGUAGUUGCAGAUGGGAAUUGUGGUUUCAAGGCUAUAGCUGCUUCAAUUGGUCACACAGAAGAUGAUUGGGCUCAGGUUAGGCGUGAUCUGUUGGGUGAUCUGCACACACACAAAGAGCAAUACAUUACACUUUAUGGGUCCUAUGAAAGGUUUGAAGAAUUGACAAGCAUAUUGUCAUACUUUGAAGACAGUCCUAGAUACUCACAUUGGAUGACUAUGCCAGACAUGGGGCAUCUUGUUGCAUCAUGCCACAAUCUUGUGUUAUACCACUUGUCAUUACAGCAAUGUCUCACCUUUUUACCUCUUCGAACAGUGCCAGUACCUAAACUUGAUAGACGUAAGAUUGCCAUUGGGUUUGUCAACGGAAAUCAUUUCGUCCAGGUUUUGUUGCAGCCAGGCUAUCCAGUUCCUCCUAUAGCCACUAAUUGGCGAAAAUACCGUCACCCUUGCGCUGUCGACUGGGAUGGUGCAUAUUUGCAUCGCAUUCAACAUUUCAAGGACAUUAUUCAUGAUAAUGUAGCUACUCGAGAGACUUUUGAUGUUAUUGAUGUUGCAUGA